AUGUACGAGAACGAAGCCCAAUCUGAGCCACCUCUACAAAUCCUCUUAAUGCGCCAUCAUCGUCACCGACCGACGAUCCUCUCCGACUGUCUGAUCGUUAUCAGUAUCAAGGGUUCCUUUUCCAACUUUGUUGGUGUCAACGAAAACCCCAUACUUAUCAUGUGUGGUUACGAUGGCGAAAACAACGCGACUGAGCUCCCUCAUUCGUUCUUCAUGUUCUGGUUGACGUAG